AGUGGCAACAAAAUCGGCACAUCAAAAGGCCGGCAUCAGCAACGAAGUUGUCUUGAAAUUCCUGCGUGUGAGAAUAUGCGGUCUCUAAAUCAAUUUUGGCCAGCACUAUUCAUAAUUCUGGCCACCA